GGAGGGAAAACUUCCACCAGGCUUCUACAGUUCUACCUCCACUCUCCGUCUAUCCUCUAAUAAAAAUAAAAAACUAGGGUUUCUUCCCCACUGGUUCUAGGUCUCUUGGACUCCUGUACUUCGUCACUAUUUUCUUUUCGUUGAUCGAGGCAGUGAUUAUUGUAGAUUUGCUUCUCUGUUAUUCUUUCGUUAGAUCGAAUUUGCAUUAGGGUGGCCUGCUAAACACUUUCUUAGUCUGAUGGGAUAUGAAUCAUACAAGUAUUACACUAUUGGAGAAGGUAGCUCACUAUAAGUUUAUCAAGAUUAGCCUCUUUCCGUAAAAAAACAAUGCAAACCAAGAAGAAACUUUUGACAAGGAAUGCUGCUCGAGAGCAUGCCAAUCCCAGAGUUUGUAGAUCACAAAGGAAAGUAUCUGAGAAUGUUGAAGCUGCAGAAAAGAAAGUUACAGAGCUGAUUACUUCUGCAAGAAAACAGAGAUUUGCACAACUUUCAGCUGGGAUUCUGCUGAAUAAAAGCAAAGAGGCAGUAACUGCAAAAACAUUGAAUUCUAAAUAUCUCCUAGAGCACAAUGGGACUCAUGAUAUAUGCUUGGGGUAUGAUACAUUUGAUGAGUCUUCCAUUGAUUGCAAGAAUUUGAAGAAUGGAACUGAUUCAGGUGUAUUGGAGACUAUAUUUUCACCAGCCUUUCACAUUUCUAAAGAUGUAGGAGCAGGCAUUACAAAUGGAGUCUUUGUGAAGUUCUUUAGAAGAAAAGACCAAGAAAUUCUCGAGAACUGUGUAACUGAGUUACAGGGAGACAUAUUGAAGAGUCCUGUUACUCAAGAUAUAUGUGAUUCACUUCUAGAACAGACAAACUCUCACUGGGACAAUAGAAUAUCGCCUACGGGAUGCCCUAUUGAGCACUCGAAAUUGGAAUGUAUUGAUGAGCCAACUGAUGAUUCCAUGUCAAGUGAAGUAUACAUGGAGGAAGAAAAUAUUGAGGAAAUUGAUGAGUUUGAUCCAUACUUAUUCAUAAAAAACUUACCAGACUUAUCAUCAGUAGUUCCCACCUUUCGGCCCAUGCUCCUACCAAAACAGACACGGAGUUGCCCACCUACUACUCUUGUUUUGGACUUGGAUGAGACUUUAGUGCAUUCCACUCUAGAACACUGUGAGGAUGCAGAUUUUACAUUUCCAGUAAAUUUUAAUUUCAAAGAGCAUACAGUCUACGUUCGAUGUCGUCCUCAUCUCAACGACUUCAUGGAGAGGGUUGCGAGCCUCUUUGAGAUCAUCAUCUUCACUGCAAGCCAAAGUAUCUACGCUGAGCAGCUUCUCAAUAUGCUGGAUCCUAAAAGAAGGAUAUUCCGCCACCGUGUUUAUCGUGAAUCCUGUGUUUUUGUAGGGGGUAACUACCUCAAAGAUCUGUCCGUCCUUGGCCGUGAUUUGGCACAAGUUAUUAUAGUUGACAAUUCUCCACAGGCAUUUGGCUUCCAAGUGGACAAUGGUAUUCCUAUUGAGAGCUGGUUUGAUGACCGCUCAGAUCACGAAUUGCUGCUAUUACUACCCUUCUUGGAGAGCUUGGUUGGAGUUGAAGAUGUACGGCCUUUGAUAGCUAAGAAAUUCAAUCUUAGAGAGAAGGUAGCAGCAGCAUCCCCACCUUAACCCUUGAACUCUAAUAAAGGAGAUCCAUUUGAAAGAUAGGAUGGCACAAGUUGAGGGUUAGGAAACCCCACCAUAAUUUGUGCAACAUCACUUUUAGAAGCAUCUCUAUCAUGCUUGAUAAAAUGGUACUGGGAAGUGAAAACGCUGAUUUCGGCCAAGGAAUUACACGGGAUAGGGCCUGGGUGAUCAGUAGUGAACUUCCUGGAAUUCUAUAUCCAUGUGGUUAACGUCAGAAAAGCAUGCAACUAAUGAAAGGGUGGAGGUAAUUGCUCGCGUUGUAGGUUAUAAGCAAAAUCUAAGCGUUUAGUUUGAGGGUUACAAAGGCUUUUAAUCUGUCGAAAGGGUUGCUGAUGUUUGAGAUGUUCAAAUAUUCAUGUAUAAUGCAGUUUAUCGGAAGAUGAGCGAUUCAAGCGUUGUAGGCAAGUAUUGUGAGAAUAAAUAUUUAAUGUUGUCUAAUUGAUUUAUAUGUAAACUAUUCUAUCUACUGGGUGGCUUUAUAUUCCAACUUGGAACCCACAGAGCUACAUGUAAGGUAACCGGUUACCUUUCUUUCUCA